ACAAUCCAAAAGCGAAUGUGUUACAAUUGGAUAGACGGCCGUGUUGCGGAGCCAGUGUCAAGUGGGUGCCCCUCCAUGCUCUUUCACUCCAACCCGAUGCACUUUCGUCGAGCCAGAGCACGCGUUUUGGCAAGACGAAAUGAGGCUGAGUGCAAGUCGCGCCUGUCGUGCCCGUCGCGUUGUUGUGUUUAUCCUCACUCAGUCGCUGUGUGCGUGCGUGUAUAUGCAAGUUAACGCGUCUCCGUGCAUUUGUGUGUGUGGCAUGAAAGUGAAAUUCCGCCACACGGUAGCCGCAGAGGCAACAACCGAAAAGCCAAUGGUCGUUGGUGUUGCUGUAGCUGUUGCCGUUGCUGUUGCGUUCCCUAUGUCCUCGUCGUGGCCGUGACCCGUCUACAGAAUGCACUCAGUCGCAUUCAAACAUACAAUACAUACACAUUGCUAUAUAUUUGCCCCGAAAACGACGAACAAUUAAACUAAUAGGCCCACGCUAUAGAUCGGCAAGUCCAGCAACGAACGCACAAUGAAUUUUACACCCUUUGGGAACACCUUUCCCGGGCUUCCGCAGUUUACUGCGACGUCUGCCCCUCUGGUAUCGACGGUAACUGCCGCUGUGGCUGUCACAGACGCCGAUGUGACUGCGGCCGCCAAUAAUCAGCAGCAGCAGCAGCAACAAGAGCCUGGCGCUGGCAAUCGCUAUCAACCACAACAACAACAACAACAACAACAGCAGCAGCAGCAGGUGACCUCAGGAAUGAGCUUGACGCACUUUAACCAACCCAGUAUGAGCAGCGGUCAAGCCAGCAGUAACGCAGCAAGCAACAAAUUUCGCAGCGGACAGGACGAGAGCGACAAGUACAAUGGCCACCUUGUUGCCACUGGAGUUGCGACACAACAGCAGACGCAAUAUACAACAAUUUAUGCGCCUAGUGCAACAGCCAGCGCAGCAGAUUCAUUACAGGCAAGCACUUCUUCUCAACAACAACAGCAGCAGCAGCAACAACAACAACAGCAACAGCAGCAGCAGUUACAACAGCAACAAGUUGUGGCUCCACAAGAGUUGACACAAGACCUAUGUAAUGCCAUACUACAACAACAAGUGCUACAGAAUACCUCCUGGCAAACACUCACGCCUGGCACCACCGUUGCAGACUACCUUUCGCAUCUUCCAGCCAAUACAUUGCCAUUGUCACUGCAUCACUUUCUCAAGUAUUCGGCGGAGACCAUCAAGAAAGAGAACCCACAAAAUGUGGUACUGCAGGUACAGACGGGACCAGCAGCGACAAUUGGCAUAAAUACGAUUGGCACCACCACAACCAUUAGUAUACCUCCUCAACAAGACCAACAGCAGCAGUCGUUGCAACAACUGCAACAAACACAACAACAGGUAACGCUUCAGUUGCAGGCACAAGGCGCUGCUGCUAGCAGUUCCACGGCGGUGAGUGGCGCGCCGAAAAAGAAGAAGCGUAAAAAGCGCUCUAAGGAGCGCAAGCCAAAGCUGCGGCCGGGUGAAAUUCGCAUGAGCACUGCUCUUGACGGCAGUCCGCUCUUUAUGUGCCCAGAAUGUCACGUUGCUUACCCAGAACCUGAGCUGCUUGAGGUGCAUUUGGUCGGUCAUAAUUUGGAGCGACGAUACGUUUGCGAUAUCUGCCAGGCCACGCUCAAGCGCAAGGAUCACUUAACGCGCCACAAGCAAUCCCACAACCCGGAACGUCCUUAUAUCUGCACCGUUUGCCUUAAGGCCUUCAAGCGCAAGGAGCAGCUCAGCUUGCACUUUGUCAUACACUCGGGCGAGAAGCGUCAUCAGUGCCACGAAUGCGGGAAAGGCUUUUAUCGCAAGGAUCAUCUGCGAAAGCACACACGCUCCCACAUUGCACGAAGAGUCAAGGCAGAGCUCAACAGCCAUGUGCGGCGCGAAAAUGGGACAAGCAUGUUGCAGCCUGUGGUGACAGCGGCUACAACGGCCGCAGUGCAGCAUGCUAACCAACAACAGCUGCAAUUGCAACAACAGCAGCAACAACAACAGCAACAACAUCAGCAACAGCAGCAGCAACAUCACAUUGUUGUCAGCCAACAGCAACAGGAACAGCAGACUAGUGGACAGCAACAGCAACUAAUAAAUUAGCCCAAUGAUUUUUGUAAGGUCAGUUAAAGCAAAAUUUCAUAAUUGAAUGACAUUUGAUCUAAAUGUUGGCAACAACUCAAAAUUAACUUUCGGCUCAAAAGAGAAAACACAUACUCACGGUAAAACCCACUCGGUCCACCCAAUUUAAUUGACUCUCACAAAUCGGAUAUAUCAGCAAGUGGCAAUAGCCAUAAUUUGUACAAUACUCUUCAUGCUAUCCUGGAACACUGUACAAUUAUUUUUAGCAAACAAGUAAAAUAUGUUUUACAUAGCUUAGUAAUACUCAAAGAGCAAGAGCCACCAAGGUGCUAAGCGACUGGGACCAACAUAGAGAGAACAUAUUUUAAUACUAAUUUUUUGAUUGUGUCCAUUUAGUUUGUAAAUUGAAAAGCGAAUUUAAAUUGUGGAAUUUGAUCGAGCAGUUGACUACAAUAUUAAAUAAGUUUACACAAUGUCAGUGAUAUUAUGUAUGUAUUAUAUGGUAAAUUUGUAAUGGCAUAAAACUUCUCCUACGUUCAGUUCAGGUCCCAGCUGGCCGAUCUUAAGGUCUUUCGGCUCGCAGUCUCCACAAACAAGUUCUUUAUCAGAAGAAAAUAAAACAAUUACAAGAUAUUAUAAUUUUAAAUGCGACGAGCGUAAUUAGGGGAAAAUAUUUUUGUAAAAACUAAUUUAAUAAAUUUAAGUACGAAUGUGUAUAUUAUGAAUGCGGUGUAAAUGAAAGACUAUAUAUUUCUGUACAUGUAUUAACUAAGCAACGCAAUUUAGAAUUACAGAUACGAACUAUAAAUGUAAUAAAAGAAAACUUUUUA